UAUAUGUACCUCAAAAGAUAGCCUAACCUCUGAAACAUGCUUGGCAUUUGGAAAGUGAGAUAAACGUAAGGUGUACACCUGAGAACAAAAUCAAAGCUGCUUUUCAGAAUGCACACAAGAACUCACACCCUGUUUAUAAGUGUUCCCUUCCACUCAAGUUAAGCUGUGGGCACCACACCUCAGGUGAGAGGCCUCCAGGUGUGUCCUGAUGCACACAGACAAAGCCUACCUCUAUGAUAAGGGUUAGGUUCACACCCUUUCAAAGGUCACGUCUGCUCAACGAUGAUUUUACUCGUCUAGUCAAGAGGAAACUCCACCUUUGUGUCUCUUGGUGAGAAUAGUUAGCGUCAGGCCAAAUCAUCUCAUCUCACGUUAUGCGUCAAGUUAAGUUUAAUUGAUAGAAAUUGAUAAGGAUUUUACCUUAAUCCAAGAAUUUGGUAUCUAACUUCUAAGAAGUGUACUUUGAUACCCCAGUACACAUACAAGGCCUUUUCCCACCCCCUUUUUUGUGUGGAAAUUUCAGUUCUUAUUGUCACUAUUACUAAUAUUAAGUGCCCUGAUAGUACAUGUUAUAUGUAGGUACAUGUAGUUUUUCUUUGUAUCUUACACGUAUACAUGGUUGUAAAUUAAAGAACAAAAGAACUACACGAAAGAUUGAUGUUAAGUAUCUAAACAAAUUUGGUUUUUGGGUACUUUCUAAAAAAAAUGACUGACGAGGGCGGUUACAUGUGCAUCCAGAUCUAGAACUAUCACAUGAUUUUGCUCAGCCCAUUUGGUAUUUCAGAUCCGCCUUUGGAUCGGAUCCAAGACCGAAAAGCCACCAGUACUUUUCCUACAUCAAAGAAAAGUAUUUGGGGAAAGAAAAUGCUUCCUGCAGCAAUAUUGCUAUAUAAGACAGUAAUCAUUAAAUAUAGAAAGGGUACAUUAACGUUGCCUGGGCAAUCUACAGAUGUGAAUAUGAAGUUCAAAGCUGGUGAUUUUGCUUCGUGCCACUAAAUGCAAAUUAAUGCAGUUCAGAGGUAGCCGACCAAUUAUGACAUGCACACACGUUUAUGUGGCCCACUUAAUUUCAAGGCCUAUUGUGGCUAUUAGAGAGACAAUCGUCGUCAUUGGCCACCAGACAGGAAAGAGGUGUAGUCACCUGGCCACUACGAAGAAGACACCCAUCCUGUGUGCAGGGUAUAAGUCAUGAUCAACUAUCAGAGUCGCCCCUUUUCUUACUCACCGCUAAUAGAACAGCAGAGCGAUCGCAACCCACACUCAGCGAUAUCCAGUCAAAAGUGAGUCACAGUCAGCUGAUCCAUCCAGAACUCCACAGACAAACACAGGAAGACGCAGACGGCAGACAAAAAGGGGAAACACCUCAGGAAGGGAGGGUCACCCCACCCUACUUUCACAACAGGAAGCACCCACACACAUACCGGUAAAGAAAGGAGAAGACCCCAAACAAUUCCUCGCUUUUACAAACAAUGAGCCUGACGACUGUCUAGAUAGUGGUACAGAAGCCGAUUCAGAAGACAACGGUGAAGACGCGAUGUACGCAUACUUUGGAGGUGUGGUUUACCCGGCAGCCUGGAACGCUCACUGGCCGCCCAGCCAGGUGGGUAGGAGGAUCCCCGUAGGACAGGAUGUGAGAGUGAAGCAAGAACCGAGAGGGACAGACGACUGGAAGUAUGGCCAGUACACAGCUCAUGUCAGCAGUUAUCCCAUUCCUUCAUCAAACAUGGUGAGAGACAUGCCGAGACUCCAGUACAACAUGCUGCCAGGGGGUGUGAGCGUCAUGGCCUGCCAAGCAGAACCACCAAAAACAGAUCCCCCAAGGCCGUGGUCAUUAGCGCUCACAGCAACAGCAAACCGGAUGGCACUUCACGACUCCGACCCUAGCUCACAACAAACAAACAGAGUUUCUUUGGGAUGGGGUUUCCCCACGAAUCUCCCGCACACAGCGAUGUACAUGUACAGGAACAACCUGACAGGCGCAGGAUCUGCCUCUGAGGGGCACAAAGAAAGUGGCACACACAGGGCAUCACCGUUGAGAAUACAGGAGGUCACUGAUGAAAAUCUGAGCAACUGUUCAUUAGAUAAUGGUCAAAAAGGCUGUUCCGGCAAUGCAUCACCUGUCACAAACUGUAAGGACGGCUCCACAGCUGUUGUGCACAUUCCACCCUUUGCUGGAGCCGUUCAGUUUCAACCGGUUCCCAUCAAAGAAGAGACUAUGGACACAUGCCAUGAGGAUGUAAUGGAGGAGGAGACACCUCUGGACUUGAGUCAAUCCUCUUCUCUGAAUGGAUCCCAAAACAUUGAGAUAGGAGAUGGAAAUGAGACAUACAGUGGAGAAACAGAAAGCCUGAGCCCACAUGUUUUUUCACCAAAGAUGCACACAAAGUAUUCCUACCAUGAGACAGAUGAAGGCGAAAAGGUCUUCAACUGUCCAGAGUGCAAUAAGGUCAUCAAGAACCACGUUGCCCGUCACUUGAAGACCCACACUGGAGAGAAGAAGUACCAAUGCCACCUGUGUCCAUACUCAACAGCCAGAAAGGACAACCUCCAGCAACACAUGGCCACCAGGUACCACCGUGAAGUUUUGGGGGAAAGUCCAACAUCCUACUCUGACAUGUUAAAGAAGUAUUCAUUCCUGAUGAACACAGCUGACAGAAGGGAGUUGGAAGAGACUGCAGAUAAAACAGGUGGAGACAAAGACAACAUGAGUAGGACCUAUACAGCAGAACCUGUGGCAAUGGAAGUAGAGCUUUCAUCAGAAGAUGCUGAAACAGGAAAUAGACAAUCAAGAGAACAAGAAACACAGCCAGGGGACCAGACAGCCACAGGCAACCUUGUACAUUCCAGCAAUGAAGUAAGCGGUGCUUCCACAGAAGCAAGGAUUGGCACACUUCAGCAACUUAGAAGUUUUCUUCUUGGACAAUCUAGUACAGUUAAGACAGAAGAAGACAGUGAACAUCAGACAGAAGAACACAGACAAGAGGAGAAUACUACUGCAACAAGUGAUUCCAUCCAACCUUAUAAAACUCAUGUCAAAGAUGCUGCAAAGGUACCAGGAAACAAUAAUGAGCCAACAACUCUAACCGUCAAUAAAGUCACCACCUUUUCUUCUCUCAACUUUCCAAACUUCACAAUGGAGACAUCAGACACAUCUGGUACAAGUAGCCCAGAGGACGGCUCCUCUUCCAGCACCUCCGAGGAGACCACCGAGUUCCUUAAAGCUGCGGAAGCCUUUGCACUCUGCAAGUCGGAAGAGGGAGGGCUGCCCGUCUUCAGAUGUACCCUCUGCAACAAGAGCUUUCCCCGAAAGCAAAGCUGGAAUCGACACAUGAAGCUGCAUGUAGGGAACAGAAAGUACAAAUGUGAGCUCUGUUCUUACAGUGCGAAGGCCAAGAGAACAUUGGAACAACACAUGGCAGUGCAUAAGCUCAAACCGUCAAACCCCAUCGAACUGAUGAAGUUCAUCUCUCCAAAACAGGGGUCUGCAGAGGCCGACCAACUGCAGGCAGAUCCAGCGAGUAUAGUGGACGUUGUUGAAGAGAAUGGAACUAGUGCAAAACACUACCACUUCCAAUGCCAAGUGUGCCAGUUUGUGUCCUCGAGCAGUCUGAAGUUCAGCGGCCACAUGCACCUGUACCAUGAGAGAGAGCAGUGGAAGUUUCAGGUGCAGUGCAAUUUCUGCAAGUCGACCUCCAAGACUGAAGAAGACAUCAAGCAACACCUCUUCAAGAAUCAUGGAAUCCGGCAGAAGCCACUGGACAGGUUCACAUUGGCACAAGAAGUGAUGAGCGAACCUGAGCUGUUCUCCUGCACGCUGUGCAACUUUGUGACCAAGAUGAAGGCCAAGUUCGAGGCCCAUCUCCUCGUCCACUACACGGCCAAGAUGUACCAGUGCAAGAAGUGCCACAAGUACUUCAAGACCCCGCAGGAGCUCAGCGAGCACCUGGCGACGAUGCACGUGGACACGAGGCACAACUGCGACAAGUGCAGCUACGGCACCAACCUCAUGUCCGCCCUCAAAGCCCACAUGCUGACCCACGGGAAGGAAGAGUUCAAGUGCCGCAUCUGCCGCCACACCACCGACACCAAGCUGGGGCUGAAGAUGCACGUGUCACAGCAGCAUCGCUACGGCAACCUGUACAGGUGCAACACCUGCGGCUACCUGGGCAAGACGGCCAACAAACUGAUCGACCACAUCAGGACACACACCAAGGAGAAGCCCUUCAGCUGCAAGCUGUGCAAGUAUGCAUGUUCCAGGCAGGACAACCUGGCCAUUCACAUGAGGGUCCACAAGAAGGAUACAGUGUACGACUGCCCCAAGUGUGACUUCCUCACCCUUUCUGUGGCAGAGAUAGAAGCUCACCACAAGACUCACACCUGGAACAGAAGUGCCACUAAAGUUGCUGUCAAACAUAUGAAAUAUGUCCUUACUGACAAGAAAGAGCCCAAUAUGCAGAUGAACUAUGUGGAACCUGAGAAGAAACAGCCUAUGCUGGUCCAAAAUACAAGCCAUGACACUGACAACAAUGAAGAGCCUAUAAAAGUGCAAAACAUAAGCUAUGACACUGACAAGAAAGAGCAUACACUGGUGCAAAAUAUACGCUAUGACACGGACAAGAAAGAGCCUAUAAAAGUGCAAAAUACAAGCUAUGACACUGAAAAGAAAGAGCCUUUGCUGAACAAAAAUGCAAUAUAUGUGGACACUGACAAGGAAGAACCUAAUAUGGAGAUGAAAUAUACAAGCUAUGUGGAGACUGACACUGAUAGGAAAGAGCCAAUGCACAUAGAGGAAGUUGAAACUGCGACGGAGGUUGAGGCUGCAACAGCAAAGCCUGUACAGCAACCUUGCUGAUGACAUGCACACCAAACAUGUAGGUCUACAGCAUAUGUUAAGUACAUGUAUGGCCAUGCUUUAAAGGGAGAGGCAACCAAAAUACCCUUGACAUGAGAGACAUGUAUACAAGUGACGAUAUCCAAACGAUACAAAUCGUUCCCCACAAGACACAAGAGUAGUUUUGUUCAGAAUGUGAGAGGGUGGGGAAAAGAAGAUAUUUUGUCAGAUGUAAUGGCCUUUAGCAAGAAGAGCAUUCAGAAUGGCAAUAGCAGCUGCUCCAUCAAAAAUAUGCAACCAGUAUUUAAUGUACAUGUAAAGAGGAAGUCCUAAGACUUAUAGAUCAUAGAUUUAUGACUAGGUAGCCAAACUGUUCAACAAAAUGUGGAAAAAUCUAAAUACACUGUAGUUGGUGGCAGGGUCCAUAUUAAUGCAAGGCAGCUAUGCAAUGGUAUAAGUAGGGUUUAAUCAGUGUAUGUGUAAAUACUAUAUGUUUGUAUGUUUGUGUUUGUGUGUUUUGUAAAUUGUUUAAAAUGUGGGAAGAACAAGGUGUUAGUCACUAAAAAUGCUAUUAGAAAACUUAGUUACAGUAUUUUGGCUGGCACUUUCCACAGAGUUAGAGCUAAAUGUGCAGAAGGGUAGAAAUACACAUUCAACAUUGGGCCAAUGACCUUAGAUACAUUUUGUAGCAUGUGCAUGUAUACUUGAUGAAGAUAGGUUGAGUCAUCUUAACAGUCACAUCAAAAACUUAUCAGACAUCUGAUGGCUUAAACUGUAAAUUGUAAUUGGUUUCAUAGGGUGGCACAUUGGGUAGGCUGACUCAGUCAUGAUUGAAGCAAGCUUCCACUGGUCUUGAGACAGAGGCUCAAUGAGCCCCUGACAGCAAAAGUUUGUGUACCACAGGCUAGCACAUACAUCAGGGUACUGAUCAUUGAUACUACCAGUACACUGUCUGUCAAAAACCAGACAGUUUUAUAUCAGCACACUGCACUUCAUCAACACACAGAUCAAAUACUUUUAUGUACUAAAUCAAGUGUGCAAUCUUCAAAACAUCAAAUUGGAUGAAAACGUUUGACGAUCGUUUUCCCGCUACUGUUACUCGACAAUAGAAUCAGUUCAAAGUGAGUUAGCCCAUAACCUCUGCCCCUAUCCUUGCUCAGUACAGUGAACACUUGAUAGAACAUUGGCCCCGGCAGGCAAGAUGAAAAGAGUGGGGUCACAGGUCACCCUUUCAACAGGGAGCUAUUGUUGCAUCAGACGUCGAUGCCCUUGUAUAAAAAUUUGCUCCUGGCCACUGACCUCCAGCGUUUCUGCUUUAUUAGAGAUAAUAAAAUAAUUGGUAGCCUUCAAAUUAACACCGGUUAGGUUUACUGACCUGUUGUUUAAGUUGCAUGUCUGUCCCCGGCCAUUGUUUGAAAAGAGGUUUUUAUGUUCAGCAAAACAAUGAUUGUUUCAUGUUGUUAUGUUACUGAGAGAUGUAAAACAAUCCAUGUGAGUCUUGUUAUUGUGGGUAAAAUCUCAGAUAUCAUUAUAAGGUGAAAAAGGUUUAUUACACUGUACUGCACAGUAUGUGUGUAUGUUACUUGAAACUACAUGACAUGUAUUCUAGCAGAAAAACCAAAGAUGUACAUUUUUUCAGAUUGAAGAUUUGUAAUUUCAUAUAGAUUUAUUCCAAUCUAAAUGAUAAAUUUUGUAGUGUAGGUUUCUUGUAUUUUGAUGCCAGUACUAGUAUAGAUAUCUCUAGAUUUGGUGUUUUAUAGCAUCAUGUCAAAAUGUCAGAGUUAUAACAAUUCUAAUGCUUUUCAUACCUAUAAAAUCAUGACAAAAAAUCAGUACUUUCUAGUGCAAUGUAAAAUUUGCAAUGUAAAAGUUGAAUUGUGGAAGUGUUAAGGUCUCAGGAUAUAUGACUAUUAUCACAUGAUAAGUGUAGAUUAGUGUUAUCAAAUCAUACAGCAUUGCCUUCAGAAAAGGGGAUUUGGUAGAAUGGUACUUCAGUUGCUAUAUAAGAAUCAAAUAUUUGCAUCACUUAAAGCAUAACAAGGUGAUAGUUAAUAUGAAUGAAAUAGUUUGAAUGGAGUGUGACUCUGAGAAAAUUGUUGCAUUAGUUAUUUAGAGCUCCCAUUCAAAUUGUUAGUAUUGUUACCCCUGUGCACAGUCAAACAAGUACAAGUGACCAACUCUACAGAAGUAGCCUCCAUAGCAGGCUCUCUGGGCCUUUAUGUUCCCAUUUAUUGGUUUCCGUCAACACAAACGACCCAGUAUUAAGAGCCAGCAAAAGUGUUCUAUAAGCCCGAAAAAAUUGAAAAAGGCCCAGAGAGCCUGCUAUGGAGGCUAUACAUGAACCUGGCCAAUGUGACCACUUUUCGCCCAUUGACACUUGUCUAUAGUAAAAUAUUGACAUAGACCAAAUCUUAUUACUAAUAUUAGUCCUCUGAAGAGUGGUCCUCUUGGGCACUUUUGACUGUGUCUAACUUUCUGUCAUCUACACAAAUUCUUGAUCGUGUUUUCCUAGAUAAAAUAACUGUCAUAACAGACCCCAUCUGCGCUCUUGGAAAUUUUUCCAAAAAAAUGCAAGCAUUUUAAGCAAAUUGGACUUACAAAAAAAAGUACAAAAUGGGUACUCUUUCUGUUCAUGAUCAUGAAAGGCAUUUUUUGAAAAGAUAGCUCUAAAACAGAGGGCAAUACUGUAUGACAAACUUAGAUAGACAUGCAGUCACUGUGUAACUAUAGGAGUCGAGUUAUUUGUUGCAAAUUAUUGAAAGUCUUUACUGAUAUCACUGAAAAUGUUGCAAAUAGUGGUGUAGGGAGUUGUGUAAUUUACUUUAUUUUAUGAUAUGCAUCAUUAUGCAUAGGCAAGAUAGAGUUGAACAACCAUAGAAGGAAACAAAGCCAUAAUUUUCCUGAUAUAUUGUUUGUUCAUAUUGUAACAUACAUUGUUAUACAUUACCCUGACCAGAAGUUUUUACAGUCAGGUUAAAAAAAACAUCAAAUUUUGCUCUCUUUGCUCAAGAGUGAAAUUAGUAAAUUUAAGACAGGUCAUUCUGCAGAAGAAUUCUGUUCUGUUCUAGAUAUUAUAGUACAUUUUGGUUAAGGGUAUGUAUAUCUUAAACCAUUUUUCACACCCAAGGUCAAAAUAAGAGCUUUCUGGUGGGCCAAGCUACUGUUUUCUUGUUCUGUUCUAAAAAAAGGGUUUGUGUGUAAA